CUCCUCCCUCCUUCUGUCCUACUGCUCCUCCUCCUGGUCGCGGUGUGGAGCGUCGUCGUCGUCAUCGUCUCCCGCUGGCUGGCUGCACCGCCAUCGUCGUCCCCACCACAGUCCUCGCCGUUACUUAACCCGGAGUUUGUAGAACCUUACGCCCUCACCCGCGCAAUUCUUGUGCUGUUCCAGGGCUUACAUGCUCCUCUUCCCAGCUGACAGCACGAUCCCACAUCCGGCCAAUUUCGCAUCAAUCGAACUUCCUUCGUAGCAGUGGUGAGAAGGAAAAGAGGAAUUAGGUCAUGUCGGGGACGGGGAGGGAAGACGUCAGGAGGAACGUUGAAGUGCUGCUUCUGUGAGCGCUGCACUUUGGCUGCUUUGGGAUUGGAGCUUUCAGGUUGCAAGUUAUCACUGAAAACUUGCUGGCGAAGGAAGAGGGGAUUUCCGCGAGAAUGCUUGCAUAUUGGGAACGAGACAAGGAGAUAAUCACUAGCGGAGGUAAUCCUUGCAAACUAGGGUGGUCAUCGAGGUUCUUGGGCAUCGGGUGUCCAGAGUGUGGUCGGUUCUCGGGGCAUGUGACUUCUCCGAUUCUUUUGAGAGUUGCUUAUCAUCCACAAGUCAUCUUUUGACAAGCCGAAGAUUAUCGGCUCCAUCAAACCAAGUGAAUGUUGUGCUCAUUUUAUUUUUAUUUUCAUCCUUGGGAGGAACUGUGAGGUUACGAAACCAGUAGGGAAUAAGCAACCUUGGCCGGUGGAAGAAAGUUUUUAAAAACUGGGAGUGUACAGGGUGGAGGUUGGUCUGCGGGUACAGUUCGGGGCAUAUGUCAGCUUUUCUUUGGCCGAGCCUGCUCGUUCCUGACGACUUCUGGCUCCAUUCCUUGUUACUGCUUGCGUAGCUUUUCGUUGAGCUCUGGCCUGCCACCGCAACACAACCUUCAUGGGUUUCCUCUUGGUCGGUAAUGCGUACAGCAGCUCUGGCGCUUCUAGUUCUGCAUGAUCUACAGUCUCACCCUGUACGCUCUUCUUCGUCACAUACCACGUCCUCUGGUGCCUGUGUUGUUGCUUGCAUGUCAGCCUCAAUGAUGUCAUCCAUGGAGUGACUUACCUAGUUUACCCGCUUGGUAAACCUGUCACUGUUUUCGUAUCCCCUUCUCCUGCGUAGACUGUCUUGAAGGGCAUAGCCUGGGUUCAUUUAUAAUUUCCGUGUCUGCCAGUUUCUCCUGCUCUUUCAGUAUCUUAUCUACAGUGCAAUCCACAAUAUUUUAGUUACGUGAAUCCCCUGUUCAGUCGUAGCCGUGUCCCUGUCUUACAGAUGGAUAGGUCGCUGGCGUGACCAAUCAAUUCUUUUGUUGUAGUUCACGCCAGCAAUUUGCGGAGGUCCGUCCUUGCAGUGCAAAGUUGGUUACAUUGUGAGUCUUGGGUGGUGAACUCGUUGACUAAUUUGCAGCUACUCCUUAGUGUAGCACCAACGUGCGUCCCCUGUAAGUAAUAGAUAGUGAUGAGUACGUGACCAAGCCUCGGGGAUGUGGAUCCCAGUUUUGGAGAUGAGAAUUCGCUGGGAGUGUCAAUUCAAUUAUGGGGCUCUUCGUCCGGACUCUGCGAUAUCAGCAAUUGCAAGUUCAAGAAGGUUGAGACGAAUGGUCUGGUUAUGAAAAGAUGGGCGGCAAACUUGGAAGAAAAUAUGCUUGUUUGAGGAGUGGGAAUACGUCAGGGAAUUUGACGCGCCACCGUGACGCAGUCUUGAAGUGUACAGAAUGAGCGCUUGGUUCUUAUUGAUUUCCAGUGCUUCCUCUCACAGCCGUCAGAAUCUCUUCUAGGAAGACAAACUUGUUUUCUGUACUUACGGUGAUGUGUUGCGAACUUCUUCGGCAAAAAUUGUUAAGGGUGGCGGUGAUUUCUCCUUUAAGAUUGUCUCUGUGAAAGAAGGAUGUCUUCCUCAGCACAGCAGGGAGGGUCUUGAGUAGAUGGUGAGGGUAGUACAUCAAAGCAGGGGUCAGCACUGUGGUGAGCACUGUUUCCAAAGUUUUGAACAGUAUCUGAGGGAUUGCAGUACCACCCAAAGCUACCAAUCAGAGGGUGUUAGAGUGACACCAGAUAUUGAUACAAUGAAGUUCAUUAAGUUGGGAUCAAGGCCUGAUUGCUUUUCAACCCGCGGAAACAUCACUUCGGUGAAAUGGGAUCUCGUGAGUGACAUUGUUUUGGAUGUGGAUGGACACAAAUUCCAUCUUCACUUGUUUCCACUUCUAGCGAAGUGUGGAGCUCUGACAAAGCUUGUCACGGCAGCAGUUGAAGCGGGCGAAGAUGAGCUGAAGAUUGAGGACUUCCCUGGAAGCGCGGAAUGUUUUGAAAUUUGUGCGAAAUUCUGCUAUGGUGUCACGGUAACCAUAAAUGCACACAAUGUAGGCGAAGUCCGAUGCGGUGCAGAGUUCCUGAAAAUGACGGAGACUGUAGAAAAGAGCAACCUCAUCUACAAGCUCGAAUUUUUUUUGAAUACUUCUAUAGUACGAGGUUGGAAGGAUUCAAUCAUCUGCCUUCAAAGCUGUAGAGAUUAUCAGCCAUGGUCCGAAGAUUUGAAAAUAAUUAGUCGAUGCGUCGAAUCAAUCUCCUCGAAGGUGGUCAUCGAUCCUGUCGAAGUGGACUGGUCAUUCUCAUACUCAAGGGCGUCUGUAUCACUGGAGCAUGUUUCAGUGAGCCAACCAGCGACUCCAGCCGUUUGGAAUGGCGUCCAGGGGUGUCCAUGGUUGUCCCCAAUACCGAAGGAUUGGUGGUUGGAGGAUGUUUGUGACUUAGAAGUUGAUUUGUUCUGGAGAGUCAUGGGGGCAGUGAAAGCGAAAGGUGCGGCUAGCGAGCUUGUGGGAGAGGCUCUCAGGUUGUACACGCAGCGAUGGUUACCAGGAGUAACUGAGGAGCAUGGCAUGGUGGAUAGCACUCGAGGGAUGAGGUUAGCUAUGAACUACGCGCAGGAGACAUCCACACAUAGGCGAAUGCUGGAGACCAUUGUCAGCCUGCUUCCAGACGAGAAAAGCUCUUGCCCUUGCAGUUUCUUGCUGAAGUUGCUCAAGGCGGCUACCGUUUUGAACGCUUCACCAUCUUCGAAAGCAGAGUUGGCUGGACGAAUUGGGUUGCUACUUGAGGAAGCUUCACUUCGUGAUUUGUUAAUACCUUCUCUCCCCUUCGCGAAUGAAUCACUUUAUGACGUUGACGUGGUGAUUCAAAUGGUGGAACACUAUCUUCUGCACAAUCAGAGUCCUCCACUUAGCCCACAUGAGGGAGUGAUGGCUAAUCCUUGCGAGAGGCGAAGAACACGACCUGCGGAGAUUAAUGAUCUUUCAGACAGCCAGCACUCUACAGCUGCAAUCCAUGGUUCUAAGCUUAAAGUAGCUAAGCUUAUAGACGGCUAUUUGGCUGAAGUUGCACGAGAUCCGAACCUCACUCUCGCCAAAUUCAUACAACUUGCAGAGUCUAUUCCUGAUUUUACCCGCCCCUUCCACGAUGGGUUGUAUCGCGCGAUUGAUAUGUAUUUAAAGGAGCAUCCAAACCUAUCGAAGGGGGAAAAGAAAAAGAUCUGCAGAUUGAUGGACUGCAGAAAGUUGUCAAUGGAUGCGUGCAUGCACGCUGCACAAAACGAGCGCUUGCCCCUCCGCACUGUUGUUCAGGUGCUAUUUUUUGAGCAAGUCCGGACAGCAGCAACCGGAGGAUUCAUCCUCAAUGAGAUGCCAGGCAGCAUUCGUGCACUCAUGGGUCAAGAAUCCAGCGAUGACAUCAGCGUUUCUGAUGUGCAUACUGACCACAACGUCCCGUCCAUCCCGUUUGCCGGCCAAGGCCGCUUCGCGCUGCACCAUGACUUCUCUACCUUGAAGGAUGACUUGGCCGAUCUCAAGAAUCGAGUUGCAGAAGCAGAGAGGAAGCACGCUUCACCAACUGUCACCAGUCCCCUACAACCUUCGAAACCAACCGACACGAAGUUCGGUAAGGCUAAGAAAUUCUUCCAGAAACUGAUAAGCAAGAAGGUGUCCAACUCCGGCUCGACAAAGGACUCUGAAACACUGGGUUCCAUAACGCCCCCUCAGAGCAAGCCCUCUGCAAGGCUGCCACGGCGCCACUCCAUGAUUUAAGCAACGCAAUUAUCGACUUCGUUGCUUUCAAUCAUUCCCCCAGUGUUGAUCCAAAAUUUCUUCGAUGGGGUUGGCCAUAGCAUGGAGCUGGAUCUUGCACCAUCAAAGCAUUAUUUCAACAGCCUCAAAUUCUCAAUGUUAUCAUCUCAUGCUAGUCAUUUUCAGAAGACCCCUUGAGGAACUUCUUCUAUUGUCCAUCAGAUCAUAGAGCAGGAUGUAAUCGACAUGACAAUCAAGAUGGUAGGGACCUGCCCUGCGAUGCGUGAACAUAGGAUGUAUUUGCUUCCGAAGCCAGACCCUGCUGUGUCAAGCAUAUCCUCGAGAAGCAUGGCGUCGCGACUGCUUUGAACCAAGUGAGAUCAAUCUAUGGAGAGUCUGGGAUGCAGGCAACACUGAUCGCAAUCUUUGUUCUUACUGCACUUUACUAGCUUAUCAUGUCUGCUGGAUCAGUGUUGUAUUUGUAGAACUAUUUGUACCAUACAGUUUCUUGUUUGUAGAACAGCAGAUGGGCAUUGUAGCCCCAGACCAGGGGGGCUUCAAUAAGCUGCAUGCCCAGAGUUUUUAAUUGCAUGCGCCUCAAAUCAAAACAGGCUCACAUUUGCUUUAAUAAAAACUUUUGCAUGCUCUUGGACUUAUCAA